AUCAAUGAAGAAUUCCAGGAAUUUUUUUUUCUUUCUCGAAUUUACGACAAAGUGUUUAACAGUUCAACCACAAAUAUUUUUUCUUGCAACUCAUCCCAUUAAUUCCUGUGUGUAUGUUGCUAGCACACACCAAGACACCGACGUACAAACGCACGCCCACACACACACAGAGAGACACUCAGAGCCAACUGGCAAAUAUGAUUGAGCCAAAUAGUGAUAAAAAUUGGGAGGGUGAAAGGGCAUAGCAAAGGACAAAACUAGUCUAGGAUUUGAACAUGAUUCUUCUGGUCUACUCUUCUUCUCCUCCUUCUUCUUCUUCUUAUCUACAUAUAAAUAUACAAGAAAGACGGCUUUUCGUAAGCAAAUUGUGAAUGAUAAUCUUCUUCUCUUAUGCAUAGAAUUUGGGUCAAGAGAUGGAUAUAUCAGAGUCUCAGUGUAAUAGUGGUUGUGACUCUGGUUGGACACACUACUUAGACCAAUCCACUUAUUCUAAAAACCGAUGCCAUGGUUUCGGUGGUGUGGAUGAGGCUUAUAGAGGAGGGGAAGGAGCAAGAAUGGAGAAUGAUGAAGAGGAUGACUUGUCGAUGGUCUCGGACGCGUCAUCGGGGCCUAGACAUUGUGAUGCAGACCAUGAGGAGUGCUCUGGUGAAUUGGACAAGAGGAACAAAAGGUAUAAGAAGAAGAAGAAGGUGAAGAGCAGAGAACAUUGUAGAAAUCAACAUCAGUCAUCUCUUGAUGACACUGCUAGCUCCUCUGUAUUGGGAUCUCCCAAGCAGGAUGCAAGUUUCUCAAGAAAUGAAGAUUCAAUGGAGCAUCUUUUGGACUCUUCACAAGGCUUCUCUGCAACAAAUUUCAGGGGAAAAUCUGCAUUCAAGAAUCAGUUCGGAUUGUUUCCUUCGUUCAAAGAAUCGGGUGGUUUUCGAGGAAGGAAGUCACAGUGACAGAUAACAUAUCAUCAUAACUGCAGCUGCUUUGGAGAGGGGAUGUAAAGCAAAAAUGGAUUAUAUUUAGCUAUGAAAGAAAGAUUUCAAUUUUUUUCUUUUUCAUAUUUGUUCUCCUCCAAUUCUACUACUUUUUCUGUGUUUACUGUCUGUCAAGGCAGGAGGAAACAAUAUAACAAAAAAAAAAAUUUCUUCUCCAA